ACUUAUCACUGUUCUUACUGUGUAGAUAUGUCUGCUGCCAGCAGUUCCCUCUCUGAAUACCAGUUCCUGUGCUCCAUCUGUCUGGAUGUGUUCACUCAUCCAGUCAGCACACCAUGUGGACACAACUUCUGCAAACACUGUAUCACUGAACACUGGGAUAUUAAUGUCCCUUGUGAGUGUCCCAACUGUAAAACCAUUUUCAACACCCAACCUGAGCUGCAGGUCAACACUUUCGUCUCUGAGAUGGUCGCUCACUUUAGACAGUCGGCUCGACAGACGGCGAGCAGCAGCAGCUCAGAGCGACAAGCUGCUAAACCAGGAGACGUUCCCUGUGACAUCUGCGCUGGAACCAGACUGAAGGCCCUGAAGUCCUGCCUGGUGUGUCUCGUCUCCUACUGCGAGACUCACCUGGAGCCUCAUCUGACAAUGUCAGCCUUAAAAAGACAUCAGCUGAUCGACCCUGUGCAGAACCUGGAAAGCAGAAUGUGUACGAAGCACGAUAAACUGCUGGAGCUGUUCUGUAAGACCGACCAGACAUGUGUCUGCAUGCUCUGCGCCAUUUUAGACCACAAGACAUAUGAUGUUGUUCCUCUUAAAGAAGAAUAUGAAAGAAAGAAGGCUGAGGUCGAGAAGACAGAGGCUGAACUUCAGCAGAUGAUCCAGAAGAGACGACUGAAGAUACAAAAGUUGAAACAUUCAGUCAAGGUCAGCAGGGAAAAUGCAGACAGAGAGAUAGCAGCUGGUGUUAUUAUCUUUACCAAGCUGAAGGAGGCUAUUGAGAGAAACCAGGCCAAAGUCAUUAACACUACUGAAGGAAAGCACAGAAUGACAGAGAAGCAGGCUGAAAGCUUCAUCAAAGAGCUGGAACAGGAGAUCUCUGAGCUGAAGAAGAGAAGCACCGAGCUGGAGCAGCUCUCACACUCAGAAGACCACCUUAACUUCGUCCAAAACUUCCCAUCCCUAAACGCUGCUCCCCCAACCAAAGACUGGACAGAGGUCAGAGUUCAUCCACCUUCAUAUAAGGGGAACGUGAGGACAGGUGUUGCUCAGUUGGUGGACAUUCUCAAAAAUGAGGUGAAGCUGCUCACAGAGGCUGAGCUGAAGACGGUCCAGCAGUCUGCAGUGGACGUCACACUCGAUCCUGACACGGCACAUCCCCACCUCACCCUGUCUGACAAUGGGAAAAAAGUCCAUCACGGUCUUGUCAAGAAGAAUCUUCCAGAUAAACCAAAUAGGUUUUCUAUCGCUGUCUGCGUCUUAGGGAAGCAGAUCGUUUCUUCAGGAAGAUUUUACUUUGAGGUUCAGGUUAAAGGGAAGUCUGAUUGGGGUUUAGGAGUUGCCAGAGAGUCAGUCAACAGAAAAGGGAUGAUCACUAUUAACUCUCUGAAUGGUUACUGGACAAUAUGGUUGUUGAACGAAAAUGUCUACUCUGCAAAUACUGAGAACUGUGUCGCUCUCUCUCUGAAGUCGAAGCCCGAGAAGGUGGGGGUGUUUGUAGAUUAUGAGGAUGGUCUGGUCAGCUUUUAUGACGUUGAUGCUGCAAGUCUUAUCUACACCUUUACUGGCUGCUCCUUUACUGAAAAACUCCUCCCGUUCUUCGGUCCCUGUCUUAAUCAGGGGGGUAAAAACGCUGCUCCUCUGAUCAUCUGUUGUGUUGACCACGCUGAGUAAAGAUUUAAGACAUUCUUUGUCGACCGACAGACGGACUGAGAGAGAUAUAGAGUUGCAGCUAAAAACAAACUUAAUGGUAAUGUAUAGCAAAUGUCAAUACUUGUAUUGUAUACAUCUUUACUUAGAUGUUAUGAUCACUGUAUAUAUCACAAGUGGUUAAGUGGUUUCAGAAAAUAGAAGGACGAAUAUAUUUUAGUAAUACUGAAACUAAGAAAGGGUAUUCUUCUUAAGCUUGGAUCAUUUUUAAUUUCAUCUAGGGCAGUUGUGUUGUUUAAUAUACUUUAUAUAUAUGUUGUUAUAUGUAUCUUGGUUGUUGUGUUUUUUUUCUAUAAUUGCCAGGUAAACCUAGCUGCCAUAUAUUUGACAUUUGUCAAAUAGUUGAUGUUUUAAGAUUAAUAGAAAACUUAUUGUUUCCACAUUUUAAAG